AUGCACAAAUCCACAGAAAUUGUAGGUGAUGACGAUGGAGGAAAGCUCUUUACCCCUGAGGAAUAUGAGGAGUACAAAAGAAAAGUAUUACCAAUUCGGUUACAGAACAGGUUGUAUGUGAGCUGGAGAUCACCAACUGGCAUGGACUGUAAGCUUGUGGGACCAGAGACACUGUGCUUUUGUACUCACCGGUAUAAGCAACACAAAACGGACUAUGAGGUGAUUCCCAAAGACCGUCCUAUUUGUGUGCCUUGUAGAGUGAGCCGUUGUCAGUGCCAGUCCUAUCACUAUGUCCCUCUAAAUGGCACACAGCCCAUCCGUUGUAGAUGCAAACACUUUGCUGAUCAGCACAGUGCAGCACCUGGAUUUUCAUGUAACUCUUGUUCCAGGUGUUUGGGCUUUCAUAGUUGCUUUACCUGUGCAUGUGGUCAGCCAACAUAUGCUCAUGAGACAGUCGUGGAAACUAAACAAGUGCGCUUAGCCCAAGGAAAGCCUGUGGGGCAGGAUGUUCCUUACGCUGCUAUGGGAGGACUGACUGGUUUUAGUUCACUAGCAGAAGGCUACAUGAGACUUGAUGACAGUGGAAUAGGGACUCCUCCUGCUGAACUUGCAGAAUCCCUUGUUACCAGCAUGGAUCAUCCAUUUCUAAAAGCAUUUGAGGGACCUUCUAGUUCUGCUCAAACCAUCUCACAGAUAGCAGGUGGUUCUAGUGCCACAAGGCAAGUUUCUCAUGGAAAGCAUUCAGAAGAUGAUGACAUGGCUUACUUUGAAAAACGUUACCAAGAACGGCUGAAAAAGGAGAAGGCUGCUAAACGGAAAGAAAAAAGUCCAGUGCCAUCAAAGAAGCCAGGAGAUUAA